AUGACUCCAGAACCACCAAGAGAUUGUGAAGGCCUCCAUGAGCAUGGUGAGAAUAAUUCAGGUGUGUACGAGAUUUACCCCUAUGGAUCCCGAGCCCGACCUGCCAGAGUUUUCUGUGAUAUGUACACAAUGGGAGGCGGAUGGACGACAAUUGAAAAACGUGUAAAUGGAUAUGUGAGCUUUGAAAGAACAUGGGACGAAUACAAAAGUGGAUUUGGUGACGCGGGACAGGAUUUCUGGAUUGAAAAUGACGUGAUCCACCAGUUAACAAAGGGAAAUAUCUGUAGUCUUUACAUUUCCAUCACUCUGGUAAAUGGUAGCAAACUAUACGAGUUGUACGAUCAGUUCUCAUUCUCAAAUGAAGCAGAAAACUAUCAACUCUUACUGGCGGGGAAGGCCUCCGGAACCUUAG